AAAAGAUAAGAUAUCAAAUAUCAAUUUAUAACAAUGUAGCUGAAUCGGCAAUAGGUAUCGGAUAGUUUACAAAAUGGGUUGUGUUGAAGUACUUCUAAAAAUUCUCUUGUUUAUUGUGAAUUUUGUGAUCGGGAUUCUUGGUCUAGUAAUUGUUGCAGCUGGAGCAAUAUUAGCAUAUUUCCGUAACUAUAUUGAUUGGGACGUCACACUUAUAGUUGCAAUAAUUACGAUUAUAGUUGGUUGCGUAUUAUUUAUUAUCGCGUUAUGUGGAUGCUGCGGUGCCAUCGGUGGUAUACCAUGUUGCCUGAUAUUUGUAUGUAUAACUUUACCGAUUAAUUAUUUGUAUUAAAACCAUAGAUAACAAUUGUAAAUAAGAAGUAUUUUUUAUAUAUUUCAGUAUGGAAUCUUCAUUAUUCUACUAACGGCAGUAAAUAUAUACGUCGUAGUUGUAGUAUAUAUAAAUAAAGAUGCCGCGGAGAAUACUAUUUCAGACUUUCUCAAUAAACAGUUUGAAGAUCCCGAUAUGAGAAACACGUUCUACUUCAUAGAGUAUGUGUUCGGUUGUUGCGGAACGACGGGCGCUGAUUCAUACGAUAUAAUCGAACUUACUAUACCACCGACGUGCUGUCCUAAUGCUAAUUUUCCAUCUCUAAACGACAUCGGGAAUAUUGAAGAUAUGAUAAACAAUCUAAACGGUACUGCCGAGUUUUGCGCGAAGGAGGAAACUUUUAGUGGAUGUUCACCUUUAGUGACAAACUUGUUCAUUACGAUUUUCGAUGUGGUUGCCUGGAUCUUGAUUGGGACGUUGAUCGUACAGGUGAUAGUGAUAGUGUCUUCUUUCUAUUUAGCGGGUAGCGCAAGAAAAUACAGAGGAAAGGAAAAAUGCUGUGGUACUACUGGUGCUGAUUCAUAUAAAAUAUAUGGUCUUGAAAUACCGCCGACUUGUUGUCCGGGCUUAGAUUUUCCUUAUUUUCAUGAUUUAGACUCAAUUAUUCAAAUUCAAGAUAUUCUUAUUACUUACAACAAAACCGAACACACCUGCCUGGAAAUCACAUCGUAUGAUGGCUGCCUUCCAUAUAUUAAUGAAUUUAUUACCUUUUUUUACGAUUUCGUAAACAAUGUUAGCAUAAUUGUCUUAGCAACACAGGUAAAUAAGUUAAUAAUACUAUAGCUUUUAUAACAGUUCACAUUUUUAAUAUCUUUUUUUUUUCUCAGGUUAUAGCGGCCAUUUUUGCGUUUUAUCUUGCUCAGCACAUUAGAAAUGAAGUUGCAGCAAAGAAUUCGCCUAAGUCUUAUACGCUACGGGUUAAAGAAAAAGUUUAAGACUUGUGGAAGUUCUAAAAUAUAGUUAUUGUAAUUAUUGUA